GGAAGGGGAGCGCAUCCUGAUUCCUGAUGCCUCUGGCAGUGUCGAUGGAAAGCACCUGUCAGUAGUGAUCACCUGUGUGAAUGCAUGUUCCAGUUGUAAACAAACCACUGUGCGUCACGACAGGGAGUUUGCCCUUUAUAGUUGUAGAACUUCGUGUUGUUGAAGACAUUUCUUUUGUCGGUUUAUAAAGAUAAUGUGUGAAUACUAUUGUGGACACCAGCUUUAAGCCAACUGAUAAACACCGAAGGUCACGAAAUGCCGAAUUGCGCGACACGCUGAAAGAAGGCAUGCCUAUUUUCACGAAAGAAAGUUCACCUAACUUCAAGCUGUAAAAGAAUAAGAAUUUCAAUCUUUGGCAGAGUUAAGAUAUUUAAGUCAAAAUGCCCGAUUUUAAAGUAAAUGACAAGCUUAAAAGUGUCCUUUAUAAGUUUUUAGAACCCAAUUAUUCCAUCACCGAUGACAUGUACUUGGAAAAGUUGUUGUUGCACUUCCGCGAAGAAGAUAAAAUUUCAGUAUUUACUGAAUGGAUUUUCUAUGUCUUGGAAAAAUGGAAAGAAACUCCUCGCCAACCUUCUUUGGGAGCUUUUGUACUGAGAAUUUUGGGUCUUAUUGUAUCGGAGAAGAAGCGAUUUAAGUUAAUGCAAAAGGAAAAUGUGAUUCCCAGAAUCAUUGAUUUAAUGAAUAUUCGUUAUAAUUCCAAUCUAUCUAUGAAGUUGGGAUAUGUAGCAAUGUUAUCAUCACUGGUAAAUCAUGAAUAUGGUUGUGAUUAUCUUUCCGAAUCUGAAACGUGGAAAGAUGUUGUGAACUACUAUUAUGAGGAUACAAGUAUUUAUAUUAGUCGAGAAUGUCAAAAAUUUAUUUCAACUUAUAUAAAUACUGUAAUAGAUGAUAAUCCUGCUGUUUGUGAAAAUGUUAUUAAUUACACUCUGAAGACCUUAUUGGUCAGUGAUGAGGUGCUCAAAACAACUCUUAAAGACACAAAUGGGGUUGCAAAAUUCAAACCAGUGAUUGAGAUGGCAAACCACUUAUAUGAAACUUUAUUGUUUGAUCCCCAUAUUUGUGCCACGAGUAUGAUCCUUGAAAAAUUUGACCUCGAAAUGAUUGCAUGGAAACUUCUUGAUGGUACUGAAGACAUGCUGCUGACUAGCAUAUUAUCAAGACUUUUAACUUCCUUGUAUUUUGUUUCAAUGCAAUGCAAAAACAAGUCUGGAGAAAUUACCCAUUCUGAUUUCAAACUGUUUGAAUCAAAAUUAUAUAAUUUGUUAGGAUUCAUUAUUCCAAAAUCUGGAAAAUUUAGUUUAAAUAUACUUGUUCAGUCUCAAAUUUAUUGGUAUAAAUUAUCUCCAACAGUUUUAUAUGAGCCAGAAAGAAACUCAAAACAGUACAUUUUCGAGAAUCAGCUUAUUAUUCUGCAGUUAAUGCCAGUUCUUGGUAGUAUAGUGACCACAAGAAUUUCAGAAAAUGAAUGCUUGGAUUCAUAUUGCAAUAAACUAUUUGAAUUGACUUGUGAAAGUAUCCAGCGAUUGUGUUAUGUUUUCAGAGACUCUAUAGUAGCACAAGAUAACAGACCUGAAUCUCUCCACACAGGUGUCCUCAGCUUGAUGCAAAUUAAAGACAUAAUUCACAGGGAUCAAGCAAUUAUUAUGUUUCAAGCCCUUAUGUACAUAUUAAAAGAUUUUGUUCCCGAACUGGACCCUCAUCCUCCAAUGCAGUACUCUGGGCUUAGCAGUGAUGAGAUCUUGAUUCUAUAUCCAGAAGUGUUAUCCUCGAUUCUGGAAACCCUUUCCUCACUUAUUGAUUGUUUUCGCAUCAACUGGAGGGAGAGUCUGGAAUCAAUAUGUCUCUUUACUUUCAUGAAUCAACUUCUCAAAAAUCCUCAUCUUUCUAGCAAGCUUGCUGUGAAAACUUUGAAACUCAUGCAAGAAGUUAUUCAGAAUUUCAUGCCUCCAAACUUAGCUUUGCUCGUUAACACGUUGGAAGGUUCAACUAUAAAUCAGCUUGGGCCAUUAUUAUUUAAACGAAUGCAUGAUGUGAGUUGGGAAGUCCGAGAUAGUGCUCUGGAAGUUCUUCGAAUAGUCACUACUAUAGCAGAAAUUAAAUUCACUGCAUUCCAAGAUCAUAUUUUAGAAAAUGAACUAUGUGCAUUGUGUGUAUCCAUGGCGGUAGAUGAUCUUGAAAGUUAUGUACGUGCCACAGCUCUUAGCUGUUUGUGCGCCAUGGUCAGGGUGGAGAAAUUUUGGGCACAGAGUUUGUCUUUACAGAAUUUGCCUGGAAAAAUGAUUAACACUUUAAAAUUUGAAAGUGAAGGCAUUGUGAGAAGAGAAGCUGCUGCACUAAUGAAGGAAUUAUUUGAACAUCAUAAGAUCCCUAAAUCAGUAAUGGAUGAAGUAUUCAAGACAAUGGUUAUUGCUGCAGUUAAAGACCUCCAUUGGGAAGUUCAGGUGAAUGCCCUCGACUUUUGGCAAAAGGUAAUUGAGCAGCAAAUGAGCAACCAAGGAAUGAUUGAUGGAGUUUUCCCAUCUGUGACUUUCUCAAAAGAAAACAGAAAGAUAGUUACAUUGACUGCAAAAGAGAUCAAAGUAAGGCUUGGUAAAGUUUUAGAAGAACUGGCUCGACUUGGAUGUCUUCAGGUGCUGUUGACAACAAUAGAGGAUUGUAAUCAUCAAGUGGUAACGAAGGCGGUAUUAAUCGUACAGUACAUAUCAAAACUACUCUCUCAACAUGGGGUACUUUCUUCACCAUCUGAAGAAAAAGAUAAAAAAAUUUUGCCUGAUGUUGUAAGUUCAAGUUGCAAGAAAAGUGAUAUUAGUGUACCACAAUGUGUACCGGUCUUGGACACCUUUGGAGCAGACUACAGUGAAUCGUAUCGCCCUGCCCAAAAAGUAGCACGAUUAGUUAGGAAUGGAGAGAUAGAAUCCUCAUAUGCAGUGCCCUCUCAUGAUAAUUCUGAAAUGUGUUUCAAUAGUUCAGACCAAGUUAUAGAUGCUAUUGUUAAAGAAAGUGAUAUCAGUUUACUGCAAAGAGUUUAUCAGGAUCAGCUCAAUAUAAACGAUCAAGAAGAAAGAAAAAUGGUUUCUAAAUGCAUUACAUCUGAAGAGUUUUUGGCAAAACUAUCAGAGAUUAAUCUAACAAAACAUGUAGCAAGUAGAUCUGAAUGGCUUGAUUAUUGCUGUGAUGAUUUGAGUUCUUUACUUGAUGACAUUUUGGCUUCUAGUAUUGGUCGAGAAUCAAAUGCUGUUGAUUGUUAUUGAGAAGUGAAUGUAUUUCCAAGAUAGCAUGACUAUUAUAAGGUCAUUAUGAUGUAAGUGGCAUGUUAUACUUGUUACAAACUUUUUCAUGUAAUUUUAUGUAACUGAAUAUAUGAGAACUAAUGUUUAUAUUUGAAGCUUUCAUUGGGCAUUUUUAAAUGUUUUAAAUAAAGAAAUAUAUUUUUCAUUUACUGAAGACUUCUUUAAAUCUU